AAAUGCAAAUCGAAUUUGAAGUUAUUUCAGGAAGAUCAUGCUUGUUGGCUUUUUCAAAGUCCUUAAAGUCGGUCGGCCAUCCAUCUCUAAUCUUCCAGGCCAGAGGAAAUAGAUCCCGAAGAAGGCAAGCUGCAGAUUUAGCUGCAUCUGAGGGCGGCAACGUAACCUUGUUGAUCCAAGCGGCUAGUGUAGCUACGCGGAAGCUUGCCAAGAAAAGAAAUAACCAAGAUCAUCAGGCUUCGACUACGACACACAAAGCUGACACACGAGUACCGAUUCUUCCAGUCAAUAAACAACCAAUGCCGAUUCUGCACCACAGACGCCAUAUCGAUCUCACAUAUUCUUAACGACUGCUCCGCACUUCAAACAAACU